AUGCCAUCCUCGCCCCCCGACUAUCACAACUGCUCCAAGGGAGCACCCGAAGCAGUUGCGAAAAUGGCCGUCGCGCAAAGCACAAAGGCUAAACCGGCCUCGAAAGCUAACAAUGGAGGUACAAAGUCAAAGGCAAAGACGCAAAUGCACCGCAGGUCAAGAACAGGUUGCUAUACUUGCAGACUAAGGCGGAAGAAGUGUGAUGAGGGCACGCCGCUUUGCACUGCCUGCAAACACCUUGGAUUACAAUGCGAAUACAAGCGUCCCAUGUGGUGGAGCAACAAUGACGCUCGAAGGAAACAAAAGGAAGACAUCAAGAGCAUUAUUAAACGCAAGAAGCUGGCUGAGAAAACCUCCAACUCUAUCCAGACGUCAGUUAGUCCGCCUCCGGGAUUGUCGCAUUCUGUGCCCACAUCAGCAACGUACUCAGACCCAAUGGAUCGCACGAGAUCCGCUUCUAUUGACUCUCACUACUCUGGUGGAUUCAACUUCAACAGCCCACCAAACGGGACUGAGUUUGCCGUCUACAACACCCAAAUACACCCGGAUUACGCCUUCAACGGCUACUCGCCAUACGAGGUAGAUGUCAAGACGGAGCGCCAAAUGUUCGUCAAUGACGUUCCCACGCUUCGAGAAUCUCAUGUUGCCACAUUCAGCACUUAUCAAACUCCUCCGCCUCCCGGGACUGUGCUGCCAACGGGCCAAUUCGAGAAUGGGUGGACGGAGCACAUUCGACAUGAGCGACGCGGGUCACUGGCAGAAGAGGCACUCAAUGUCAACUUUUUUGACUUUGCGCACGGCUCACACAACAACUCAAAGCCGUUCCGGGUUGAGUUGGAGGAGACCGACCAACUUCUGCUUGACCACUUCAUUCUGCAGGUCCUCCCAAUCAUCUUCCCCAUCCUCGAGUCCAACCAACACGGGUCGGUUGCCUCUGACCUGAUCUUUCCCGCCCUGCAAUCCAAUGGAGUCUAUCUCAACUGCUGUCUCAGUAUUGCUGCCCAGCACAUCAAGACCCACGGCGGCCUGCCUGUGGAGGACAUUGACGACGCCAUCAUGAAGCACCGGUAUGCUACCAUCUUCUCGCUCUGCGAGUCGUUAAAGCGUGAUGAGAACCACCAACAAAUCCUAGAAGCCACAUUGGGCCUCAUCUUCUUUCAGUGCAUCGUAGGUCGCUUUGAUGAUGGUCUUUUGGAUAUCCCCUGGCAUCAACACUUCCAGGCCGCCAUCAGCCUUGUCCAGAAGCUCGAGCUGCCCGCUCUUGUGUCGGAUCCUGCUGGUCAGGUUGGGCCUACUCCGUUCAACAUGACACUGACGGGCUGGAUUGACAUCCUUGGCGCCACCAUGCAAGGCAUCUCGCCUACCUUUGCUCACACAUACCGAGAAAAACACCUGUCUCCCGUCAACUCCCAACUUGGGCUCCGUGAGCUCAUGGGCUGCGAGGACCGAGUCAUGUACCUCAUAUCCGAGAUUGCGUGCCUCGACUCCCUCAAAAAGGACGGUAUGGACGACUAUACUCUCUGCCAGCAUGUGUCUGCCUUGGGAGAGCAGCUUACUCUCACAGAGGUUGGCGACACGGGACCCAAGAUGCCCUUCAGUUCCAGCAAUACCUUGUCUCCUAAGCAACUAUGCAGAAAUAUCACCUCCGCUUUCCGAAUUGCUGCUCGCAUCUACCUCUGCAGCUUGAUCCCAGGCUUCAGUCCCAGUCAGCCUUCACCGUGUGCCCUGAUUGACAAGCUACAUCACGUACUUCAAUUCAUCCCAGCUGGCCCGCUUGGCUACGAUCGCUCCCUUGUCUGGGUGUAUCUCUUUGGCGCAUCGGUGAGCUUGCCUGGAAGCAGUUUCCGAGUCUUCUUUGAGGACCGCGUUUCUCAACUGGGCGCAGAUGCCAUGUGUGGUGCCUUUGGCAGAAUGGUGACUCUCGUCCGAGAAGUGUGGGUGCAAGGCGAGAAUUUGGCUCAAGUUGCUACUCCUGGAUCUUGCUCCUCUGAGAUUAUGCAGCCGUUUGUUAACUGGCGCGAUGUCAUGCAAAGUAAAGGCUGGGACUUCCUGUUGAUUUGA